AUGGAGUCCUGUGGUGGUGCCAUUCCAGUCCCUUUGCCACUCCGGAUGGUUUCGGAGGGCGAAAAGCAUGUCUGCAUUGUGGAGUCCGUUUUCCGCACGUCAGUUUGGCGAGCCAGGCAGGAGACUCUCUGCCUGACCGCGGGAUGGGCUGUGGAGCGGACGCCCCCGGGCGCGCCCCGAGCACUUUCGUCGGAGGAGCCUCCGCCGCCGGCCGCGUUUUAUGGGAAGGGCCUGCAAGUCGUACGCGUGGCCGGCAAAUUACGUUUUAACUGUUCAUUCUUCCUCCAGUGCCUUGCGUUCCAUGAUAUUUCACCCCAAGCUCCAACACAUUUCCUAGUGAUUCCUAAGAAGCCAAUUGUCAGGUUGUCUGAAGCAGAAGAUUCUGAUGAAUCUCUUCUUGGGCAUUUAAUGAUUGUUGGCAAGAAGUGUGCUGCUAACCUGGGCCUGACCAAUGGAUUCCGGAUGGUUGUGAAUGAAGGGCCUGAGGGUGGGCAGUCUGUCUAUCACGUACAUCUCCAUGUUCUGGGUGGUCGUCAGUUGGGCUGGCCUCCUGGCUAAGAUCUUUACACCACAAGAGUUAACUGCAUGCAUACAAAUUACCACCAAAUAGAUUUAAUAUGUUGCCCAUCAAUCUAGCCACUGUUGAUGUAUUUUUUUUGAAUGUGUGUCUACAAAGGGUAAUAAAUGCUCUGAACAACAUUCGCACAAUAAAGAUUUAGCAUGUGGGAAUCGUCUCUGUCUGGUGUGCCUUACUGAUGGAAAUAAUUCUGCAAAUUAAAAUAGUGUUCUCUGGAGUUUAAGUGUAUCGUGUGUUUCAGUCUGCUGUUAACAAUCUUCUGUAGGUAGUGAUUUCACAAGGCAUUUGAAACCUGAAGGUGCAACUGCUUAGCCCGUCUUUCAUGUCUUUUGUGAAGAAAACUUCCAAUCUUUUUGAAUGUGGUAUAUAAGUAUAUAUAAAGUGAGUGUAGGCUGCUGCUAAAACUUCUUACCUGAACAUGCUGUGCAAGGGCUGUGUCAGUACAGUGCAGUGUGUUGGAAACAUACAGCUCCUGUUGGAGCAUUCUGUCAAUGGCUGCUUUGUAAGGCUCCAUCUUUCUCAUGAGAAGGGGUAAAACAGUAGUCCUAAUGGCAGCUGUGAUAGUUCCAUAGCACACUGGUAUUUACUUUUACAUUGUGAUUUUGAUGGAAUUGAGGACUGGAAAAUACUG